AUAAACUAACUGAGUUUGUAUGUUUGUACGCAAUUCAUUAGUUUUAAUUUCCAAUCAAUUAAUCAGCAACAGAACAAUCAAUAAGUAACAAUGAAAUAUUUAUCUAUUGUUGUUAUUGUUGCUGUUUCAUGUUUCAUGAGCGUGAAUGCAGCAUCUGUGAUACCUCCUUGGUUAACUCCAUGCAAGGGAACUGAUCCAAAAUUAUCUGAAUGUGCCGAGAAAGAAGCCAAUAAAGUUAUCCCGAUAAUAGUCAAAGGUUAUCCAAAGUUAAAUUUACCAGUUUUGGAACCAUUAAAUAUUCCUGAAAUAAAAGUCGAAGCAAAUGGUCAAUUGAACAUUAUCUUACGAGAUGGAUUAGUGAAUGGGCUUUCACAAGCUAAGGCUUCUGAUUUCAAAUUAGAUUUUAAAAAUCAGAAAAUUGGUUUUAAAUUAUUCAUUCCAAAUUUAAAUAUUUUAAGUCAAUAUGAAGUUGAUGGACGUAUUCUAGUCUUACCUAUUCAAGGAAAAGGUCCAGGAAAUAUAACUGCUGUUGAUGGACUUUACGAUAUCAGUUUCUCAUUUGAAUUGUAUGAUAAGAAAGGAGUCCAAUAUGCAAAAAUGAAAGAUGUUGAUGUUUCAUUUGAUUUGAAGCGAUUAUACAUUCGUUUUGACAACUUAUUCAAUGGAAACAAAGAAUUAGGCGAUGCAGCAAAUAAUGCUGUCAACGCUGAAUGGCGUGUUGUACUUAAAGAACUAGAGCCAGUUAUAAAAGGUGCUAUCGGUGAAGUUGUCCUACUUGUAGCGAAUGGUGUAGCCGAUAAAGUUCCAUAUGCAGAAAUUUUUGGUGGUGAAAUACCAGCGUAGUUUAGAAUUUUCUAUUUAUUGCGAGAGUAGCUUCUCGAAUGACUGACUGAAUGGAAUAUUUAUUAUAGUUUGAUUAUUUUGUUUUCUGAGUAUUUAAAAAAUUUUAAAUUAUGUAUUGAUAUGGAAUUGUUAUAAUUAAAAAUGAAUUGAAUGUUUUUAUUUUAA